CAUUAAAAUCGUACGUCUGAAGAGACAAAAGAACCUUCAAUUCGACGUUACAAUCAAUGAAAACCAUAUUUCAGUUACAAAGUACAUAUACUAACAUAGUUAUAUAUUAUAUAUAGAGAGAGAAACAGAAUCACGUUACUUAUAAAAUCGAAAUUAAAACUUUCUUUCUUUUUUGUGAUCUUUUUCUUAAAUACCAUUAUAAGUUUCUAAAUUAGCUUCAUUACUAUUACUAUUCUGUUCAUUUGCAUGCUUCUAUUCAAAAUUGAAUUAGGCGUAGCUGUGAUUGGAAUUUAGGAAAAUGGGUUUGUUUUUUGGGAUUUUUCUGGGAGUAUUAUUCGGUGUAGCAUUGAUGGCUGGAUGGGAACGAAUGAUGACAUACAGAAGCCGUAAGAGAAUUGCAAAGGCAGUUGACAUUAAACUCCUUGGAUCCCUUAAUAGAGACGACUUAAAGAAAAUUUGUGGUGAAAAUUUACCUGAAUGGAUAUCUUUCCCUGUAUAUGAGCAGGUGAAAUGGCUAAACAAGCAGCUCUCCAAAUUGUGGCCAUUUGUGGCAGAUGCAGCAACUAUGGUGAUAAGAGAAUCUGUUGAACCGUUAUUAGAAGAGUAUAGACCUCCUGGAAUUUCUUCGUUGAAGUUCAGUAAGCUGUCCCUUGGAACUGUCGCUCCAAAAAUUGAAGGCAUUCGUGUUCAGAGUCUUAAAAAAGGUCAAAUCAUAAUGGACAUUGAUUUCCGUUGGGGUGGUGAUCCUAAUAUUGUUUUGGGCGUUGAAGCACUUGUUGCGUCAAUUCCUAUUCAGUUGAAGGAUCUCCAGGUUUUCACCAUUAUCCGUGUCAUAUUCCAACUCGCAGAAGAGAUCCCCUGCAUUUCUGCUGUUGUUGUUGCCCUACUUGCUGAGCCAAAGCCUAGAAUUGAUUACACUCUGAAGGCAGUUGGUGGAAGUUUGACGGCACUUCCUGGACUUUCAGAUAUGAUUGAUGAUACUGUGAACUCAAUUGUUACCGAUAUGCUCCAAUGGCCUCAUCGGAUUGUUGUUCCACUUGGUGGUACUCCUGUGGAUACUAGUGAUCUGGAGCUUAAACCCCAGGGACUGCUUAAAGUGACUGUAAUGAAAGCAAAUGAUCUAAAGAACAUGGAAAUGAUUGGGAAGUCUGAUCCUUACGUAGUUGUGCAUAUUCGACCACUGUUUAAAGUCAAAACAAAGGUUAUUGAUAACAACUUGAAUCCAAUUUGGAAUGAGGAAUUUGACUUGAUUGCAGAAGACAAGGAGACCCAGUCACUCACUCUUGAGGUUUUUGAUAAAGACAUUGGGCAAGAUAAACGAUUGGGAGUAGCAAAAUUGCCACUUAUUAACCUGGAAGCAGAAACUGAAAAGGAAAUUGAACUGAGGCUUCUGUCAUCGCUUGAUACAUUGAAAGUAAAAGAUAAGAAGGAUCGAGGAACCUUGAGAAUAAAGUAUUUCUAUCAUGAAUUUAACAAGGAAGAACAGAUGGCUGCACUAGAAGCAGAGAAAAUGACACUAGAACAAAGGAAGAAACUGAAAGAGGAAGGAGUUAUUGGAAGUACAAUGGACGCACUAGACGGAGCAGCAUCAGUAGUUGGUUCUGGUGCUGGACUUGUAGGAAGUGGGAUUGGUGCUGGAGAUGGAAUGGUGGGACACGGAUUUGGUGCUGGAGCUGGAAUUGUUGGCAGUGGGCUUGGUGCCGUAGGCAGUGGACUGAGCAGGGCAGGAAAGUUCAUGGGCAGGACAAUCACAGGGCAAUCUGCAUCAAGAAGGAGUGCCAGCGGUUCAUCUACUCCUGUCUUUAAUGUGGAGGAAAGUGGGGGUGGCGCAAAGCCACGGUAAUUUUUUCUUCCUGGACACGUCAAGAUAGUAAUGAAAUGACCUUAAUAUUUUAGUUUUUGGGAUUUUACAGUAGAUAUGUUGAUUUCUUUUGUUGCUUGUUCUCUUGCAUCAUAAUAUGAUGCUUUUUUCAUUGGAGAUAGAUUGAACACUAAUAGCAGGAAUUACGAUUUAGUUUUAGUUUUACCCCAUCUUUUAUCUGUAAAGUAUUUUAACCUGGAUGUGUAAUAAAACUGAACAAAUUGUAAAAACUGUUCUUAUAUGUUGGAGGUGAAAGUGAUUGAAAACAAAAACAUCAUG